AUGCUGUCGUGUUCUCUCCUCCCUGUGUCACUUUUGGCUCUCAUCUUUGCUUCUCAAGCUCUUGCAGCACCGACGACUCCCAAUGAUCCUUUCCAUGACAUAGCGGUGCUCAUCUCCAAACAAGCCGAACAGCCUAUAUGCUGUCUUCGCCCACUGGAACCGGUGGAAACGACUACAGAGGAGGGUCUGCUUCUGUCAUUCGAGGAUUGGAAGGCGAAACGAUUUGCGGAAGACCACCAGCCUAGCGUUCACUCGCCUGCUAUCUCUGGACACAGGCCACUCCCUGAUGCCAUGUCAGAACCUACAGGCUCUAAUGGUUUGGUUGCUCCAAGUCAAGCUGAGGGUGCGGCAUUGAAUGCAGUUCAGCAAGAGGAUAGUGGAGUACCGGACGAGCGCUCCUCCCCACAUUUCCGCAUACCACUCACAGAUCGCUUCAAUUACGCCUCUCUAGACUGCUCAGCGCGCGUUCAUACCGCGCAUCGGUCGGCAAAGUCUUCGUCGGCGAUUCUUUCAGACAAGAAGGACAGAUAUAUGCUCAGUCCCUGCGCAGAAGAGAAGCAGUAUGUGGUGGUAGAGCUGUGUGAUGACAUCAGGAUCGACACGGUGCAGCUGGCGAAUUUCGAGUUUUUCAGCGGCGUGUUCAAGGAUUUCACGGUUAGCGUCGCGAAGACCUACACUAUUGAUCCAGAUGGGUGGACUAUCGCGGGCACGUAUCGAGCGCGUAAUACCCGUGGCGUGCAGUCAUUCCACCCUCCGACUUCACUGCGCGACUUCUACCGUUUCAUCCGGAUCGACUUUCUUUCCCAUUAUGGCAGCGAGUAUUACUGCCCCGUGUCCCUUCUACGAGUUUAUGGUCUCACUCAUCUCGAACAGUGGAAGUGGGACAUGUGGGAAACGGAGAGCAAAGCCAAACGCUCUGCCGAGGAAGCCAGCGCAUCUGUGGAGAUCGCGGAGUCCCCUCAGACCGUUCAUAUUCCCAUCGUUGAAGCCGUAAAGCCUCAGGAAGUGAUGGAUGAAGUUCACGCUUCAAUUGCCACAGUUGCGACUCCGACACCACAUUCGUCUGUGCCAUUGUCGUCCAACGAGGCAGACGGAGCUUCUACCGAGAACAGCACCGCCGACAGUGAAGAUGCUGUCAUUCACUUUACAGAGAAAAUUGCGUCGCCGCGAAGGCCAUCAUCCAGUUCUGGCCCCUCUACUGCAGUGGAUGCAAAUGGAACGGAGCCAUCGGACAUAGGCGUAACGACCUUCACGUCCACUGUUGACGAAAGUUUACAAACACCCGAAACAGAGGAAACACACGAAGGGCAUAUUUAUGAGGACUCAUUGUACGAUACCAUAAUGGACAUCCCUCCGGUUGAUACCGCGGCACCUUCAGCAUCCUCCGCGUAUCUUAUCCAUCCACCCUCUCACUCCCCUGAUUCAUCCAACAAUGCCCCACCAUCUGUACACUUAUCAUCACUCACCGCCUUCUCAAGUUCUACGUCAUCCAUCCUCACUGUCACUGGCUCGGCCUACCCUCUUCCCCAACCACUAUCGCCCGUUGCGACAGGCGGGGAGUCAGUAUACCGAACUAUCAUGAACCGUCUGAUGAUGCUCGAGGCGAACACGACUCUAUAUACUCGGUACGUCGAAGAGCAGACGACCGGCGUUCGAGAGGUCCUGAGGCGCUUAGGCGAAGACGUUGGACGGUUGGAGGGUAUCGGAAAGGCACAAGCUCAAAUAUACCAACGUUCUGUGCAAGAUUUUGAGAACUAUAGAAGGCAUUUGGAUACCGAAUACUUCGAACUACUCUCUAAGGUGAACCACUUAGCAGAUGAGGUGAUUCUAGAAAAGCGCCUUGGCAUUGCGCAACUGUGUUUGCUGCUCGCUGUCUUGGUGUUCAUGAGUUUGACUCGGGGUUCUAGAGGGGAGCACGUUCAUGGCCGACCGUCAUCCAUGCGUGACUGGGGUCGGAGGACGUUAAGUCUUAGCGGUGACUGGAUGUCCCGGUUGAGAACUCGCAGUUCAACCCCUCCGCCUCCACAACCUCCAAGCCGCGCUCUGGAUGAGUCUUUUGGAAUAGUCGAAUUUCCCUCGCGAGCUCCACAAACAGCAGAAGAGAAGCCACUAACCUUACAAAUCCAGCCAGUAUCGUCGGCCCAUAAGGUGGGUGCACGCCCGCGCACUCCUUUGGCGCUACGAACAUCGAAUUCGCGGCACAAUAUAUUCAAUCGCUCCGUGGCUCACGGAGGUGUCCAUGCCUCUCCGUCCUCAGCGUUGUCGCGCCCACAGAUACAGCGCUCAAGCUCAGGGCACGGUUUUGGCGGCAUUGGACCCGUGCCAAGGUCGGCCAAGAAAUUGGCGCGGAGCGCGCAUUUGCAUGAGGUGAAGAGCACAAGCGGCGCGCCAAAUUCAGAGUGCAAGACGAUGGACAAGAACACGGGUCAUCCUUUAUCGGAAAGGGCGCGGAGACCUGAAGAUGUCACUGAUACUUCGGUCGACAUAUUUAGUCCCCAGUCGCAUACGGCCGUGCUAGAGACUCCUUCUGUGGACGCUGCUAGGUCAAAACAUCCAGACGAUCGGCAUCCGCUGUCACCAUUGCGCUUGCCGACUGCCAAUGAUUUACCGCAUGGAUGCGCAUGCGAAGGUCCCCUUCCAGAGGGUGAUACUAGUGAGGCAGACGGUUGGGUAGACACGGAUGCGGAUGGAUCGGAAUCCGAGUUGGGUUGA